AUGGAGAAAUCCGAGGAUGCUACUGUCAUCACCACCGAAGAUCGACAUACGCCAACUUCUCAAAAUGCGACGGGUGCGGCCGACCUUACGAUGACCGAACCUGGUAAACGCACACGCAAAGACACCUACUUGACUUGGUCGAACAUCCUGGGCGCGUUUCUGCUACAAGUGUGCGGUUUCGGGUAUACUACGUCCUUUGGGGUGUAUCAAGAUUAUUAUACACGCGUCUAUCUCAAGGACAGCUCGUCUUCGCUCAUUUCGUGGGUCGGUAGCAUCAAUGCCUUUAUCGUCAUUUCGGCUGGUCUCGUUACUGGCCCGCUCUAUGACCGCGGAUACUUCUAUCAUCUUCUGUAUGGUGGCUCCCUCGUAACCGCGAUCUCUCUCUUUAUGCUCUCGCUAGCUCAACAGGGCGCAUAUUACCAAAUUUUUCUCGCGCAAGGCGUCGGAGCCGGCAUCGGAGGAGGGCUGCUCUACAUCCCUGCCAUCUCGGCCGUCUCCGCUCGCUUCACUUCCGGAGGCCGCGCUCGUGCCACCGCGCUCACCCUCGUCGCCUCCGGGUCCUCGGUCGGCGCGGUCGUCCACCCAAUCAUGCUCAACAGCACCCUUCAAAGGUGGGGGUUCGAGGCCGCGGCGAGGGCUAAUGCCGCGCUCAUCACCGGCGUACUCGUCGUCGGGUGUGCCCUCAUGCGCGACAAGUCGCACAGAAAAAGCGGCAGCUCACCACAAUGGAGAGGCCUCUGGAAACUGGCUGGAAAGUUCAUCCGGGAUGGACCGUACGUCUGUACCUCAGCCGGGAUGAUGAUUUUCAUUGUCGCGUACUAUUAUCCGGUGUUCUACAUUCAGCUCGAUGCCUACUCCACGGCCCUUGUCAUUAUGAACGUAGCUGCCAUUGUGGGCCGCAUCGCACCUGGAUUCGUGGCCGGCCGAAUCGGUGUUGCCCACAUGAGCACGUUCGCCACGUUUGCGUGCUCCGUCGUGAUAUUCGGCAUGAUUGGCCUCCAAAGCGCGACCAGCGUUAUCGUGAUUGCGAUACUUUUGGCUUUUUCGGCGGCAGUUAUAUCUCUCUUUGGCACCGGUCAUUGCGGAUAUGACAGACGACGCCUCUGA